UGCUUUCCCUUUUUUUUUGUUUUCCCUUUUCUUUCAUUUUUCUCAUUGCUUUUAGUGUUGGACUUCGGGAAAAGCGUUUCAUUUUAUUUGCUUCCGCUAAGCUGUUCACAGUUAAGAUUUUGUGUUGCUUUAAGAGAACUAUCCAGCUCCUUCUUGCUCAUCCUUAUUGGGACAACAGCGCCGUUACUUUUAAAAAAAAUCUUAAGGGAGAAAGACGGCAACUCCAAACUAACAUGGCAGUCAGACUGUGUGAUGUGGCUUCUCUGCUUAGAAGUGGUUCGUGGGCAGCAGAGCCUUGGACUGGGCAGGUAAUUGCUGCCAUGGAAACACAACUGUCUAAUGGGCCCACUUGCAAUAACACAGCCAAUGGUCCAAGUACCAUAAACAACAACUGCUCAUCACCAGUUGACUCUGGUAACACGGAGGACAGCAAGACCAAUUUAAUAGUCAACUACCUUCCUCAGAACAUGACACAGGAAGAGUUGAAAAGUCUGUUUGGGAGCAUUGGUGAGAUAGAGUCAUGUAAACUUGUAAGAGACAAAAUAACAGGUCAGAGCUUGGGGUAUGGCUUUGUGAACUACAUUGACCCUAAGGAUGCUGAAAAAGCUAUCAACACGCUGAACGGAUUAAGACUUCAAACCAAAACAAUCAAAGUUUCCUAUGCUCGUCCAAGUUCUGCUUCAAUUAGAGAUGCAAAUUUAUAUGUCAGUGGACUUCCCAAGACAAUGACUCAGAAGGAAUUGGAGCAGCUUUUUUCCCAGUAUGGACGUAUCAUUACCUCCCGUAUUCUGGUUGACCAAGUCACUGGAGUAUCCAGGGGAGUAGGUUUCAUUCGGUUUGACAAGCGAAUUGAGGCAGAAGAAGCUAUCAAAGGCCUAAAUGGCCAAAAACCUCCAGGUGCCACAGAGCCAAUCACUGUAAAGUUCGCUAACAAUCCAAGCCAAAAAACCAAUCAAGCCAUCCUUUCCCAGCUGUACCAGUCUCCAAACAGAAGGUACCCAGGACCGCUAGCUCAGCAGGCUCAACGUUUUAGGUUGGACAAUCUGCUCAAUAUGGCUUAUGGAGUAAAGAGUAGGUUUUCGCCAAUGACCAUUGAUGGCAUGACCAGUUUGGCUGGAAUUAAUAUCCCAGGACAUGCUGGGACAGGUUGGUGCAUUUUUGUGUACAACUUGGCUCCUGACGCCGAUGAGAGCAUCCUGUGGCAAAUGUUUGGACCCUUCGGAGCUGUAACCAAUGUGAAGGUCAUACGUGACUUUAACACAAAUAAAUGCAAAGGUUUUGGAUUUGUAACUAUGACAAACUAUGAUGAGGCAGCCAUGGCGAUAGCCAGCCUGAAUGGAUACCGCCUGGGAGACAGAGUAUUGCAGGUCUCCUUUAAGACAAAUAAAACGCACAAAGCUUAAUUAGUUGCCCUCGGUUUAUAUAUUAAAACUAUAUGACAAAGGCAAGUUAAGAUAAACUUUAUACAUUAAUAAAUAGUCUUUGUAAGUCAGUGUUGAGAUGGGGAUAAAUCGACUACUUAGCAUCCUAAGAAAUAUGUGAGAUUUUUUAUUGCUAGUAUUUGAAUUAAAACUUCUUAAAUAUCUUUUAUGUUUGAAUAUAGGCAAGAGGUACAGGGUUUUUACCUGUCACAUUGCAUUCUAUUGCCUUCUUUGAAGAAGGUGGACCUUUUAAAAUGUUUCAGCUAAGGGAAGAAGUUUCUUUUCUUUUUACAUAACUGCCUUGAGCCUGUGAGUAAAUAUUAAGGCUUUGUUGUAAGACUUAAAUCAAAAUGUCUCUCCUGUUCUUGAUUUCAGAUUAGCUUUGUGUUGUACUUUACAUUUAGUGCAUUGCCGUUAUGUCCGUUGGAGAAAAGUAUUUUGAAGUUUACAAUUUUAUUUAUAAAGUUAUGAACAGUAUUUAUUUUGUAACUAUG